AGAGCCUUUUGCCGCUCGCCUGCACUCUCAGUCUUGGAGCCCUCCCCGCAUCAUCUUGCUUCUCAUCUUCUGGAUCUCCUUGACUUUUGGAAGCUGCGUGACCUACGUCAUUCAGAUUCCAAGAGAGAGGUCAUCCUGGGUGACUCCUUAGCUCCAAGAAGAGGCUUUGUGGUUGAUUCUCCAAGAUUAAUGGUAGCAGGCUGGCCUGCCGCUCCUCCUGCUAUGAUGCCUGGGCAGAUCCCGGACCCUUCGGUGACUGCAGGCUCCUUGCCAGGGCUUGGCCCCCUGACCGGACUCCCCAGCUCGGCCCUGACUGUGGAGGAGCUGAAAUACGCUGACAUCCGCAACCUCGGGGCCAUGAUUGCACCCUUGCACUUCCUGGAGGUGAAACUGGGCAAGAGGCCCCAGCCCGUGAAAAGUGAGCUAGAUGAGGAAGAGGAGCGAAGGAAAAGGCGCCGGGAGAAGAACAAAGUCGCAGCAGCCCGAUGCCGGAACAAGAAGAAGGAGCGCACGGAGUUUCUGCAGCGGGAAUCGGAGCGGCUGGAACUCAUGAACGCAGAGCUGAAGACCCAGAUCGAGGAGCUGAAGCAGGAGCGGCAGCAGCUCAUCCUGAUGCUGAACCGACACCGCCCCACCUGCAUCGUCCGGACCGACAGUGUCAAGACCCCUGAGUCAGAAGGCAACCCGCUGCUCGAGCAGCUCGAGAAGAAGUGACCAUGGGCUGGGAGGAGGUGGAGGAGGAGGAAGAGGAGGAGGACAAGUGACGAAGAGGGAGGAGGAGGGGGGCCCCAGAUGGCCCUUCGGUGCAUGAAAAACUGUACAAUGAGGUUCAGCACAGCCAGCAUCAGCCGAGCUUUUUUGUGAAACUCAGAUCAGCCACCCAGGGGGAAGAGCGGGCUGAGGAAACCCAGAGGGACCAAGCGCUGAGACCAAAGUUGACCCUCGGGUAGGGCUGUCCUGCCUGGGGCCCCACUUGAAGGAGGCAGGACAGAGGCACCGAGGCCAGGGAGACGCCCAGUGAGGCAGCCCUGGGCCCUCCUCCGGCCUCUUCACCAGGGCACCCACCCGAGGAACCUCCGAACAGCCAGGAAAAGCCAUGAGUUGCAACCAAAAUGAGGCUGAGGACAGAACUCAGAAUGAAACUGCAACCCACCUGCCCCCAGCCCUGCCCCUCACCCUGAUGCGAAGCUGGAGAGGGGCGUGCUGCAGGGCCCUGAUGCCCCCACCCACCUCGGUCCAGCGCGGCCCUGCCCAGGAGGCGGCAGCCGGGCGCACCCUCGCCAGCCCUGCUGGAGUUUGCUGUGGGCACUGAGGCGCGGGCGCCCUUCCAAAGCACAUACUCACCGAAUGUUUACAGACUGGCUGUCCUGGCAGGGCUUUCAACUGCACAUGUUUUUUAUACUUUCCUUUUUUUUUUUUUUUAAUAUUUUUUACAAAAAAAAGAUUUUAUACAAGCAAUAUAUAUAUGGAUUUCUAUAAUCACUCGAUGUGAUACAGUAUAAAUAUGCUAUGGUUUGUUUGUUAUGAACAGAUAGCCACCAGUUACGGCCGUUGUGUGUAACUCCUAAGUACUGUAGUCUCUGGGUGUCGGGGGUGGCCAGGGCGGGGGCGGGGUGCAUUUCCAUCCUUGUAAACCCUUCAUAGUACUCAGUCCUGUAUCGCUCAGUAAACAUUGCUCUUACGUACA